AAAAAAAAAAAAUAUAAUAUAGGACAGUGAAAAUCGAAAUCGGCUCAUUUCACGUCCAUUUUCUUUUUCUACAUCUCCUUCGUCUCCGAUUGGAUACCACUACUAUCCUAUUCCGAGAGAGACUGAGUGGAAGAGAGAAAGAUGUUGGGGACUUUGAGGCAAAAGGUCGGUGCUGGGUCUUCUCUUAUGAUUUUGGGACAGUCCUUACAGAGGACUCGCUCUGCUGCGUCGGCGUUGAGGAGUUACUCAUCAGCAGCAAAAGAGAUGAUGGUGAGAGACGCUCUAAACUCUGCACUUGAUGAGGAAAUGUCUGCUGAUCCUAAAGUAUUUUUGAUGGGUGAAGAGGUUGGGGAAUAUCAAGGUGCAUACAAGAUAUCCAAAGGGCUUUUGGAAAAGUAUGGUCCUGAGAGGGUUCUUGAUACACCAAUUACGGAGGCUGGGUUUACUGGGAUUGGAGUUGGUGCUGCUUACUAUGGUCUUCGGCCUAUUGUGGAGUUUAUGACAUUUAACUUCUCUAUGCAGGCAAUUGACCACAUCAUUAAUUCUGCUGCAAAAUCAAACUAUAUGUCUUCUGGCCAGAUAUCUGUGCCUAUAGUUUUUAGAGGGCCUAAUGGUGCUGCUGCUGGAGUUGGUGCUCAGCACUCUCAAUGUUAUGCUGCAUGGUAUGCCGCCUGCCCUGGGUUGAAAGUGUUGUGCCCAUACUCAUCUGAAGAUGCCCGUGGACUGCUAAAGGCUGCAAUAAGGGAUCCUGAUCCUGUUGUUUUCCUUGAAAAUGAGCUGUUAUAUGGCGAGUCAUUCCCUGUUUCAGCUGAAGUUCUUGAUUCCAGUUUUUGCCUUCCAAUAGGAAAAGCUAAGAUUGAGAGAGAAGGAAAGGAUGUGACUAUUACAGCUUUUUCAAAAAUGGUGGGAUAUGCUCUCAAGGCGGCUGAGAUUCUUGCAAAGGAAGGUAUCAGUGCUGAGGUUAUAAAUUUGCGCUCAAUUCGGCCACUAGACAGAUCGACAAUUAAUGCUUCUGUCAGGAAAACCAACAGACUGAUAACAGUUGAAGAAGGAUUUCCUCAGCAUGGCGUUGGAGCCGAAAUCUGCACAUCUGUUAUUGAGGAGAGCUUUGGUUAUCUUGAUGCACCAGUUGAGAGAAUUGCUGGGGCUGAUGUUCCAAUGCCUUAUGCGGCCAAUCUUGAGAGGAUGGCUGUCCCACAGGUUGAAGACAUUGUUCGUGCAGCCAAGAGAGCAUGCUACAGAUCUGUACCGUUGGCUGCAGCUGCUUAAUUCUACCAAUUUCGUCCAAAAUCUUUUCCAAAUCCAGGAAAGAUAGAGAUUGUACAUUUUUUUUUCACUUCUCAUAACAUGGGGAAGAAGCUGCUUGUUAAAAUAACCUGGAGAACAAUGACUCAAGAGGUUGGAAAUUUUGUGACUCUUUGUUGUCAUUUUUUAUUUGGCAGUUGAUUUGGUACUUUUUGAAUCCAUAUUUCAAAGGUACUUUAUUUGGCUUUCCUAUUCAGUGCAUUACUUUCUUGUUA